AUGGGCGGUGGGGCAAGUGCGGCAAAGGGCGGCGAGAGGGAGGUCGUGGCCGAGAGCGUCAGAGGCAGCGCUCCGGCCGCCGCCCCCGGGCCGGAGGGCGCGGAUGGCAAGCCACUCGUCCUGGAGUCGUCCCUCAUCUUCGACGACGCCACCAUGAAGAGGUACGUCCCGGCGCCGGUCUUCCAGCGGUUCCUCAAGGACAUCGUGUCCGGUGAUCCCACCAGCGAGGAGGACCAGAAGGCCAUCGCGGAUGGCAUGUUCAGGUGGGCGCGGGAGAAAGGCUGCACCGACUUUGCCCACUGGUUCUUCCCGGUCCGCGGCGGCAGCGGUGCCGUGGGCGGUGCCGUCGGCGCCCUCAAGAUGGACACCCUGGUCGACCUCGACUUCAAGUCGGGGAGCGCGAUCAAGCCCUUCUUCGCGACGCUCCCGCACGAGCGCCUGUUCCAGGGCGAGACGGACGGCUCCUCGUUCCCCAACGGCGGCCUGCGAGUGACCCACUCCGCCGCCGCCUUCACGGUGUGGGACCGGACGUCGCCCCCGAUCAUCUCGGGCACUACGCUCCGCAUCCCGUGUUCCUUCCUGACGCAUUUCGGGAAGAGCAUCGACGACAAGACGCCGCUCCUACGCUCGCAGGAUGCCGUUAGCGCCCAGGGGAUGCGCCUGCUCAGGGCCCUGGGGCUUGCGUCCGAUGCCAAGUGUCUGCGCUCUUACCUUGGUUGGGAGCAGGAGUUCUUCGUGGUCUCUGCCGACCUGUACAAGAAGCGUCCGGACCUCGUCAACACUGGCCGCACGCUGUUCGGUAAGCUGCCCACCCGCGGCCAGCAGAUGGAUCUCAACUACUUCGCCCCCGUCCCCGAGGUCGUCGACAAGAUGAUGGCGGAGAUUCAGCAGGAGAUGCUGAGAACGGGCACCCCGAUGGCGGUCCGUCAUAACGAGGUGGCGCCAGGGCAACACGAGAUGUCACCGAUCUUCGGAUUGGCCAACUGGUCUGCUGACAACAACGUGUACUUCAUGGAGGCUUGUAACAGGAUUGCGUCCAAGUACGGUCUGAUGGUGCUAUUUCACGAGAAGCCGUUCGCUGGCAUAAACGGCAGCGGCAAGCACGCGAAUUGGUCUGUCGGCACCGACACGGGCAUUAAUUUCUUCUACCCAGGCAAGACAGACGAAGCGCGAACCAUCUACACUGCGGCCCUGGCCUGCCUCUCCCACGGGAUCAUGCAGUACAACGAGAUGUUGCGAUGUGCCGUGGCACACGCAGGCAACGACCAUCGCCUCGGAGCCCAGGAGGCGCCCCCGGCCAUCAUCUCGCUCUACCCUGGCACUGGCUUCGAGGCGCACGUGGACGCGGUUAUCAAUGGAGGCCCCCUGAAUGAGUUCAAGGCCGAGAAGAAGCAGCAACCCACCGGCUGCAAGGCGUCUAUGGCGGUCGAGUCCAACGUCGAGGACCGCAACCGCACGGCGCCCUUUCCCUUCUGCGGCAACCGCUACGAGUUCCGCGCAGUCGGUUCCUCGCAGAACUGCUCUUUUCCGGUGAUGGUCUGCAACACGAUAAUGGCCGCGGGCAUGAGUGCGCUCUCCGAGAAGAUCGAGGGCGGCAUGAAGGCGCGUGAUGCCGUGGCCGAGAUGUACAAGGAGAAUCGCGACGUCAUCUUCACGGGCAACGGCUACUCCGCCGAGUGGCCAGCCGAGGCGGCCACGCGCGGUCUCCCCAACCUCAACACGACACCGAAGGCCAUCAAGCAUUGGGCCUCGAACAAAAACAUCGAGCUCUUCGAGAAGAUGGGCGUCUUCUCCAAGGAGGAGACCGAAUCCAGGGUUGAGGUCAUGUACGAGGCCUACAAUACGACACUCAGCGUCGAGGUCAGCACCAUGGUCGAUAUGGUCAAAACUGGAUUCAUUCCGGCUUUUGCACAGGACUUAGCCUUGUACAAGGACGCCCCCGACCUAUUGGGCGAUCGCAAGAAGUUGUACGGUUCGGUGAAGGCCGAAACGGAGGAGUUGGAGAAGAUGAUGGGUGAGGUUCCUCACGAUCAGGCUGCAGAGGCCGAGUACCUGUGCGACAAGGUUAAGGCUCAGAUGGCCAAGGUGCGUUCGUUGGUCGACGAUGCCGAGGGCAUGCUGGAUAAGAGGCUCUAUCCGUAUCCGACCUACGAGUCCAUGCUGUACCACCACCACCACUGA